AAGCGGAAGCUGAAGGAAGAGCAGAGAAAGAUGAAGGAGGAGCGGCACCAGGAGUACCUGAAGAUGUUGAGCGAGAGGGAGGAGGCGCUCGACGAGGCUGAUGAACUGGAGCACUUGGUGACAUCGCGAACAGAGUCUGUGAACAUUGAUCACCCUAACCACAUUGUAACAGUGACCACCAUCAGUGACCUGGACCUCUCAGGGGCACGUCAGCUGGGACUGACCACCCCUAUGGAAAAAAGUGAUGGAUCAGAAGAGAACAAAGCGGAAGAGGUGGUGAACAAGCCUGUAAAAACAAUGCCCAAGAAGUCCAGAAACCCCUUCCUGUCUGAAAAGAUCUCUUCUCUCACUGCCACGCUGCACAUGCACAGCCGGAAAAAGACAAAAGGAAAGAGACUCCAACGUGGGCAAGGUCCACGGAAGAAAAUCCAGAAAUCCAGCACAGGGCGAACUACUAAGACUCAGCGACGGAGGCUGACAGGCAAAAUAGGCCACGACCAAGAUUAA